CAAAACGACUCGUGCCAAGACGUGCACUGAUAAGAACUGGGCUGCACAUGGCGGAGGCCCAACAGAGGUCCACACAAACGUUAAGGCAGCAUAUCUAUCGGCCCAAGACGGCCCAAUGAAUACCAAGUUAUCGACUUCACCCUUCGCACCGCGAGCCCACCUCUUUCGUCUUCGUUCCCCUCUCUCCUCGCCGUCGUCGCCGUCCGUGCGAGCCAUGGAUCCAGUCGCUCCCCGACGCGGACGCUUACCGAUCCACCUCCUGGUGGUGCUGCUCACCGUACUCGUGGCCCUCACCGUGCGGUCCCGCGCCGAGGUUAUCACCCUCACCGAGGAGACCUUCUCCGACAAGAUAAAGGAAAAGGACACAGUAUGGUUUGUGCAAUUUUGCGUCCCCUGGUGUAAACACUGUAAGAGUCUUGGAACACUUUGGGAGGACCUGGGAAAAGUUAUGGAAGGUGAGGAUGAAAUUGAGAUAGGGCAGGUCGACUGUGGUGUCAGCAAACCAGUAUGCUCCAAGGUGGAUAUCCAUUCCUACCCAACAUUCAAGGUGUUUUAUGAAGGCGAAGAAGUAGCAAAAUAUAAAGGACCAAGGGAUGUGGAAUCACUGAAGAACUUUGUGUUGAAUGAAGCUGAGAAAGCGGGUGAGGCGAAGCUUCAAGCUGACUAGGCCAGGGGUGUUACAGCAAGCACAUGGACGUAGACAAGGAACAGUAUGCGUAGAACUACUUUAUCUUGCAACCUUGUCCUGUAUCCUGGUAUUUGAUAGAGUACACGGGCAGUUCCUGGAAAAGAAUAUACCUGUACUUUUUGAGUUUUGAGUUUCCCUUUUCGAAAAGACCUGCUAGUCCGAAUCGCUGUGGAACUAAGGAGGUUGUACUCCAGACAAUGAUAAACUUCACUAAUGAUUAAAAUGCAACGACACAAAGGGCUGCUUAUAUCA